CUUUCAAAGGUUUUGGAUCUGCCACCAGAAAAUUUAAUAAAAUCCAUAUCUGCAGUUCCUGUCUCCAAAAAACGGUGUGUUGCUGAUUUCCAACUUUCCAUUGCUUCCAUAACGGAAAACAAUUCUAAUGAUUGCUUAGCACAAGACCUUAAUCUUCAAGCUCAGAAGCUAGCUGAAAGGCUAAAGUGUGAUGCUGUAGUGAGUGAAAUCAGCGCUGGUCCAGGAACGGUGAACUUUACAAUAAACAAGGAAUUAUUAGCAAAAACUGUGUUGCAGCAGGUGUUGAAAGAUGGCUCAGAGUAUGGAGUGAAAAGUGAGCUUUUCUCUGCAAUGCCUAGACAAAAGGCUGUGAUUGAGUUCAGCUCCCCUAAUAUUGCCAAAAAGUUUCACAUAGGACAUUUGCGUUCCACAAUAGUAGGGAAUUUUAUAGCAAAUCUCAAAGUUGCACUGGGACAUGAAGUGAUAAGAAUAAAUUACCUUGGUGACUGGGGCAUGCAGUUUGGUUUAUUAGGUGUUGGUUUCCAACGCUUUGGCAACAAAGAAAAGCUAAAAGCCAGUCCUUUACAACACCUUUUUGAGGUGUAUGUGCAGAUUAACAAAGCAGCAGAAGAUGAAAACACGAAGAAGCUGGCUAAGGAUUUCUUUAGAAAACUGGAGGAACAUGAUGAGCAGACAUUGUCACUUUGGAAACAAUUUAGAGACUUCAGUAUUGAGGAAUACAUCCGAAUUUAUAAGCGUCUAGGAGUGCACUUUGAUGAAUAUUCUGGAGAAUCAUUUUACCGAGAGAAGUUCCAGGAAGUUCUAAAGUUGUUGGAGGAUAAAGGACUCCUUCAAAAAACAAUAGAAGGGACAGGAAUUGUGGAUCUUUCAGAAAAGAAAGACCUCUCGUCAUUCUCCACUGUCAUGCGUAGCGAUGGGACGUCUCUCUAUAUAACAAGAGAUCUUGCUGCUGCUAUAGACCGUAUGGAUAAGCAUAGCUGUGAUACUAUGAUUUAUGUGACAGAUAAAAGUCAGAGGAAUCACUUUCAACAUUUGUUCCAAAUACUGAAGCUCAUGGGUUAUGACUGGGCAGAAAGGUGCCAGCAUGUGUCUUUUGGUCUAGUUCAAGGGAUGAAGACUCGAAGAGGAGAAGUAAUUUUCCUGGAAGAUGUUUUAAAUGAAGUUCGCUCAAGGGUCUUACAAAACAUGGCUUCUGCAAAAACAACCAAAGAGACAAAAGACCCUAUGGAGACAGCAGAGAAAGUUGGUCUUGCCGCACUAAUAAUUCAGGACUUUCGAGGCCUUUUGUCAUCUGAUUAUCAGUUUAGCUGGGAUCGAGCUCUUCAAAGUCGUGGAGAUACAGGCGUGUUCUUGCAGUACACACAUGCCAGACUCCAUAGUUUAGAACAGAUGCAUGGGAAUGAGCAGCUAACUGAUGUUAAUGUGGCCUGCUUGCAAGAGCCAGAUGCCAUCGCUGUCCUUCAGCAUCUUCUCAGGUAUGAUGAGGUCCUGUACAGAUCUUCUCAGGAUCUGCAACCCAAGCACAUUGUCAGCUACCUCCUCACACUCAGCCACCUUGCAGCCGUGGCACAUAAAAACCUUCCUGUGAGAGGCAGCAGCCCUGAACUAGCCCAGGCAAGGCUCUGUCUCUUUCAAGCUGUACGCUUGGUUCUAGCCAAUGGAAUGAAACUUCUCGGCAUUACACCUGUAACUCAAAUGUAAAGAAGCUGUAUACGCAACAUAAAGGUACAAUUAGUAAAAGGACUUUUUUCAAGAUAAUAUAAAUACUCUCCUGUGAGUCAUUGCUAUUGC